GUACGGGGCGGGAAGGCGAGGGCAGGCUUAUGAAGCCGAGCGGGCGCGCAGAGGCGGGGAGAGGGGCAGGAGAAAGAGGGAGGCGGUGACCUAAGGGAGGAUAAGGUGGGAGAGCGCAGGGCCAACAGCGAGGACGACUUCGCUUCUCUUUUCCCCCUCCCCCUUUCCCAAUUCGGAGGCAAGAGUAUAAACGGCGCGGUUCCUCGAGAGGCCGAAAUCUCCCCCCCUCCCCUCACCGGCCCCGCCGCGCCCACCCUCUUCCUUUGGUGUCCGCUGCGCACAGCAGCCUGGACGGUGAAAGACCAUGCAGAGGUCGCCUCUGGAGAAGGCGAACGUCUUCUCCAAACUUUUCUUCAGGUGGACAAAACCGAUUUUGAGAAAGGGUUACAGACAACGCCUGGAAUUAUCAGACAUUUAUCAAAUCCCUGCCACAGAUUCUGCAGAUAAUCUUUCUGAGAAAUUGGAAAGAGAAUGGGACAGAGAGCUGGCUUCAAAGAAAAAACCCAGACUCAUCAAUGCUCUCAGAAGAUGUUUUUUCUGGAAAUUUAUGUUCUAUGGAAUAAUACUAUAUUUAGGGGAAGUAACGAAAUCUGUGCAGCCUCUUUUGCUGGGGAGAAUUAUUGCUUCCUAUGAUCCGUCCAAUUCACACGAACGAUCAAUAGCUUACUAUUUAGCCAUAGGACUCUGCCUUCUCUUCGUUGCGCGGAUGUUGCUUCUUCACCCAGCUAUAUUUGGCCUCCACCACAUCGGGAUGCAAAUAAGGAUAGCAAUGUUCAGCUUAAUCUACAAAAAGACCUUAAAAUUAUCAAGCAGAGUCCUUGACAAUAUAAGCACUGGACAACUUGUUAGCCUCCUUUCAAACAAUCUGAACAAAUUUGAUGAAGGUUUAGCUUUAGCUCAUUUUGUGUGGAUUGCACCUUUACAAGUCUUGCUGCUGAUGGGACUUCUCUGCGAGAUGCUGCAGGCCUCGGCGUUUUGUGGACUUGGUUUCCUAAUUCUUGUUGCCUUUUUCCAAGCCUGGCUAGGGCGAAUGAUGAUGAAAUACAGAGAUCAGAGAGCAGGAAAGAUCAAUGAGAGACUUGUACUCACUGCAGAAAUGAUUGAGAAUAUACAAUCAGUCAAAGCUUACUGUUGGGAGAAUGCAAUGGAAAACAUGAUUGAAAGUGUGCGUCAACCUGAACUGAAGCUGACCCAAAAAGCUGCUUAUGUGAGAUAUUUCAAUAGCUCAGCAUUCUUCUUCUCUGGAUUUUUUGUGGUGUUCUUGGCUGUGCUUCCGUACGCACUGAUCUACGGAAUUAUUCUCAGGAAAAUAUUUACCACCAUCUCAUUUUGCAUUGUUCUUCGAAUGGCAGUCACUAGGCAGUUUCCUUGGGCUGUGCAGACAUGGUAUGAUUCUCUUGGAGCAAUAAACAAAAUACAGGAUUUCUUGCAAAAAGAAGAAUACAAAACUCUGGAAUAUAAUUUAACAACCACAGGCCUUGAGCUGGAUAAAGUAACAGCCUUCUGGGAUGAGGGAUCUGCGGAGUUCUUUGCAAAAGCACAGCAGGAAAAUGGCAACAGGAAAAUAUCCACUGCUAGUGAUGGUCUCUUCUUCAGCAACUUCCAACUUCAUUUUACUCCUGUCCUUAAGGACAUCAACUUCAGAAUUGAAAAGGGAGAGAUGCUGGCUGUUGCAGGGUCUACUGGAGCAGGAAAGACUUCUCUCCUGAUGAUGAUCAUGGGAGAGCUGGAGCCUUUGGAAGGUAAAAUUAAACACAGUGGAAGGAUUUCCUUUUGCCCUCAAGUAUCAUGGAUCAUGCCUGGAACAAUUAAAGAAAACAUCAUCUUUGGGGUUUCCUAUGAUGAAUUCCGAUACAAGAGUGUCAUCAAAGCCUGUCAGUUAGAAGAGGACAUUUCAAAGUUUCCAGAAAAAGAUGAUACCGUUUUGGGAGAAGGUGGAAUCACUCUCAGUGGUGGUCAGCGAGCCAGGAUCUCUCUUGCCAGAGCAGUAUAUAAAGAUGCUGAUUUAUAUCUCUUGGAUUCCCCUUUUGGUUAUCUAGACAUGUUAACAGAGAAAGAAAUAUUUGAAAGCUGUGUUUGCAAACUUAUUGUCAAUAAAACUAGAAUACUUGUUACAUCGAAGCUGGAACAUUUGAAAAUAGCAGACAAGAUACUGAUUUUACAUGAAGGAACUUGUUAUUUCUACGGGACAUUUUCUGAACUUCAGGGUCAGAGACCCAACUUUAGCUCUGAGCUGAUGGGAUUUGAUGGUUUUGAUCAGUUCAGCACAGAUCGAAGGAACUCCAUUCUAAGUGAAACGCUGAGGAGACUUUCUAUCGGUAGCGACGGCAUGGGUGCACCAAACGAAAUAAAGAGAACGUCUUUUAAACAGACCUCAAACUUUGUGGAAAAAAGGAAGAACUCGGUCAUGAAUGCGCUGAAUUCUAGCAGGAAGUUCUCCUUUAUGCAAAAAACUCCACUGCAGGUCAAUGGUAUAGAAGAAGGCCUUGGGAAACCCGUAGAAAGAAGGUUUUCGUUGGUACCAGACUCUGAACAAGGAGAGGCAAUUCUGCCACGCAGCAAUGUGAUCAAUGCAGGACCCACGUUUAGAGAACAUAGAAGACAGUCUGUGCUUAACUUGAUGACCCGAACAUCAGUUCACCAACGUCAGAGUUUUUACAAAAAGGGCAACGUAUCCAUACGUAAAAUGUCAGUAGCCCACCCGUCUAGCGAGACAGAUAUCUAUGCCAGGCGCUUGUCUAUGGACAGUGUGGCAGAAAUAAGCGAGGAGCUUAAUGAAGAGGAUUUAAAGGAAUAUUUUUGUGAGGAUUCAGAGACCUUGAGUGCUGUUACUACAUGGAAUACAUACUUCAGAUAUAUUACUGUCCACAAAAAGUUGAUUAUUGUGUUAAUUAUAUGUGUAGUUAUUUUUCUAAUUGAGGUGGCUGCUUCUCUUGCUGGUGUAUUGAUUAUCAAUAAGUUGUCUGUUUCAGAUAGCUCAAAUGCAACAAGAAAUGCUUCCUCCCAAGACGCGGAGGGCUAUGCAGUCAUCAUUACAGAGACUAGCGGCUAUUACAUCUUCUACAUUUAUGUGGGAGUGGCUGAUACCUUACUUGCCUUGGGCCUCUUUCGAGGCCUACCCCUGGUGCAUACUCUCAUCUCGGUUUCUAAAACCCUUCACCGCAAGAUGCUGCAUGCCAUCCUUCAGGCACCCAUGUCUUCCUUCAACACAUUGAAAGCAGGUGGAAUACUUAACAGAUUCUCAAAGGACAUAGCAAUAUUGGAUGACCUGCUACCACUUACAAUAUUUGACUUCAUCCAGUUAAUGCUCAUUGUGAUUGGUGCUAUAGCAGUAGUAUCAGUCAUACAACCCUACAUCUUCCUGGCAUCUGUGCCUGUGAUAGGAGCCUUUGUUAUGUUAAGAGCAUACUUCCUGCACACUUCUCAGCAGCUGAAACAACUGGAAUCUGAAGCAAGAAGUCCAAUUUUCACACAUCUUGUUACAAGCUUAAAGGGGCUUUGGACACUCAGAGCUUUCGGACGGCAACCUUAUUUUGAGACGUUAUUUCAUAAAGCCCUGAACUUGCACACGGCGAACUGGUUCCUUUAUCUGUCUACAUUACGUUGGUUCCAGAUGAGGAUAGAAAUGAUUUUUGUUGUCUUCUUCACCAUUGUGACCUUUGUUUCUAUUUUAACUACAGGUAACGGGGAAGCAACAGUUGGCAUUAUUCUUACACUAGCCAUGAAUAUUAUGGGAACCUUGCAGUGGGCCGUGAACUCAAGUAUAGAUGUAGACAGUCUGAUGCGGUCAGUGAGCCGAGUAUUUAAGUUUAUUGAUAUGCCAACAGAAGAAUCCAAAACUGCACCAUCUUUGAAAAAUGGAGAGCUUUCACGCACCCUCAUAAUUGAGAAUAGGCAUGCAAAGGAAAAGACUGUCUGGCCAUCUGGUGGGCAAAUGACAGUGAAGAAUCUCACGGCCAAGUACAUAGAUGGAGGACUGGCCAUACUCGAAAAUAUUUCCUUUUCAAUAAGUCCAGGACAAAGGGUGGGUCUUUUAGGAAGAACUGGCUCAGGGAAAAGUACGCUGCUCUUUGCUUUUUUAAGACUCUUGACCACAGAAGGAGAUAUUCAAAUUGAUGAUGUCUCCUGGAACACCGUCUCUGUGCAGCAGUGGAGAAAAGCGUUUGGAGUAAUACCUCAGAAAGUGUUCAUAUUUUCUGGAUCUUUUCGAAAGAACUUGGACCCUUAUGGACAGUGGACUGAUGAAGAACUUUGGAAAGUUGCUGAGGAGGUUGGACUGAAAUCUGUAAUAGAGCAAUUUCCAGGCAAGCUUGAUUUUGUCCUUUUGGACGGUGGCUGUGUCCUCAGCCAUGGACAUAAACAAUUAAUGUGUCUUGCCAGAUCAAUUCUCAGCAAAGCAAAAAUUCUUCUGCUGGAUGAACCAAGUGCUCAUCUUGAUCCUAAGACUUUCCAAGUCAUUAAAAAGACUCUCAAGCAGGCUUUUGCAAACUGUACAGUAAUACUCUCAGAACACAGGCUAGAAGCACUAAUGGAAUGCCAGCGAUAUUUGGUGAUAGAAGAGAACAAAGUCACGCAAUACGAAUCCAUCCAGAAGCUGCUCAGCGAAAAGAAUUCUUUCCGUCAAGCCAUCAGCCAUUCAGAUCGUGUCAGACUCUUCCCGGUGCAUCCCAGGAACUCAAGCAAACGGAUGUCCAGGCCUAAAAUUACUGCCUUGCAAGAAGAAACCGAAGAAGAAGUACAAGAAACCCGAUUGUGAAAAUUUAUCGAGGUGCUGUCUCGUUACAAUUUAACAGGAAGCAUUCUGGGAAAAUGUCAGAACAGGGCAUUGUUGAAAAUUGCCACUAAAAGAAGUGCAAAAGCAAGCACACGAAUAUGUAUAUAUCUGUGCAAAAAAACUUCAUUCCAAGGGCCAGUUUGGUUAUGAAGGAUUGGUGCAUUAGGCAGUAUCCCCGCCCCCCGAAGCUGCCCCCAUCUCUUCUGCUUCUUGUGCACAUAGGAAGAUCUUUUAUCAAGAUGGAUAAUCAAAAUUUCCAAACAUUUCAGUUGUAUUAGCUGCCUCUUUAAAAAUAAUGUGAAUGUCAUAACAAGCACAUCAAAGUCUACACUCGUCUUUUCAAACUGAAUCCAUAGCUCACUACAAAACACAGUGAAAAGCCUGCUUUUCUCUGUAAAAAACAACAACAAUCCAGCGUUUUAAAAAAUGCAUUUUGGGGUGGUUUGAGGUCAAGAGUUACAAAUGCAGGUCAUGAAUUAUAUUUAUUAUUACACAAAUUAUAAAUAUUUAGGCUGUCAACUAAACAGCAGAGACAUUUAUUUUCUGUGUCAUGGAGAACACAGCAAUUACCAUGCUUUUGUUCUUGAAAGUGCUGGGCUUUUCAAGUCAGUGAUAGUUGGUGUGCAAAACUGCUAUAUUUGUGGGAGAAUGAGAGCACCAAACAGGAAUAAUUU